AGAGAAACCAAAGGGAGAGGAGAGACAGAGUGGGAGCCACAGGGUGAGGAAGACAGAGACGAAGAAGGAGUAAAAGAGAGAGCGAGUGAGAGAUUUUCGUGGGAUCUCUGCUUGACCCACCACAACCUCCAAGAUGUUUAAGAAAAAGGAAACUAAGGACAGUACGCUCAAGCUCUCGGGCAAGGUCACCAAGAACCAAGCUGGCAACUUGGCCUUGCUGAUCGCCCAGAUGCAAAAGAAUGCUGACCAGGUGGAGAAAGACAUCCUCCACUCUGAGGAACUGCUGGCUGUGGAUGCUGAAAAUGAAAAGAAAGAUCAGCCCCUCCUUCAUGAGAAAGAGAUUUCAGACAAGCUUGGCAAUGCUGAGGGCCUGUUGAAGGACCUUUUCCUGGACGUCGACAAAGCCAAGAAGCUCAAACAUCCACAGGCCAGAGAGAUCGAGAGCGAUGUCAUACACCUCCAUGACCGCUGGUUGAAGGACUGCGUCUUCUACCGAGACAUCUACGAGCAGAUUGAUGAUGUGUCGCUGAUGCCCAGAAUUGACUGGGGGCCUGUUUUCAACCAGAAGCAAAAAGAGGUGAAUGUAGAGGACUAUGGCCCCUCCAUGGCGGACCUGGAGAAGCAGAUUGCUGCCCACAACCUCACGCACAAAGAGAUCGAGGCCUACAACUCACAGCUCUGCGUCAGCUCUGCAGGCAGCAAGGAGCAAUAUACAGUCCUGAAGAAACAGUACAACAAUCUACUGGACAACUCCAAGUGGCGUCGCCACUACCUGAACAGCCUGUACGAAUACAUGCAGGGCAAUAACAAGGAGAUGGCCUUCCUUGGAGAAGAACAAGAGAAGAUUAAAAGGCAGGACUGGAGUGACCGCAUGGUGGAUCCACCUGAUGUCCGCAGGCAGUACGAGAACUUCAAGAACAACAGCCUGCUGUCCCAUGAAAGCGAGGUGAACAAACUCCAGGAGGAAGGAGACAGACUUACUGAAAUGAAACACCCUGCCAGUGCCACAAUACAGGCUCAGAGAGACGUUGUACGAAACGAGUGGCAGAAAUUCCUCAAUCUCUGCAUCUGUCAAGAGACACACCUGGACAAUGUGGAGGAGUUCAAAAGGUACCAAAUGGAGACUGACCAGCUGUCAGACACACUGACCAAACUCAACAACAGCCUGGACCCCAAGUCCAUCAGCAAGAAGAGCAACUCAGAGACACUGCUGCAGCUCGAGGCGGAGGAGAAGGCUGUACAGAACAGUGAACAGCUGCUGGCUGACCUGAGGAGACGCAGCACCACCAUCGCUCCUCUGAAGCUACGGCGCAACAACCCCAACAGACCCAUCACAGUGGAGUCCCUGUGCGACUGGGAGACAGAUAAGGCUACUCUGGUGAGGGGGGAGAAGUUAACCCUGAAAUCUAACUCUGACAUCGAGAACUGGGAUGUCAUCUCCGCUGAUGGGAAAACAAAAACCUUCCCAGGAGUUUGUUUCCAGAUUCCUCCACCCGAUCCAGAGGCCAUUGACAAAGUGGACCUGUUGGGUGGUGAACUGGCCGACAUCAAGAAGAGAAGAGCUGCUCUGGUGGCAUCCCUGAAGAAUCACAAAUCGAUCUCCAGGCCCCAACAAUCAGCCCCAGUGUCUUCUCCUUCACUGGAUCCUAAAGUGACAGCCCUGGCUCAGCAGCUGGACAAGCUGGACAAUGACCUGGCCAGCGCCGAGGAGAGCAUGCUGAGCCGCCUGCGGGCCCCAUUGAGCCGCACCGACCCAGCUGCAGAUCUGGUGAACAGGCUGAGGGAACAAGAGAAAGCUGCCGAAGCUCUCAAGGCUCUGGAGCAGCAGAAGCUGGCAGCUCAGGCUGACCUGCAGCCUCUGCUGGCCAGCAAUACUUCUUCUGCACUGCCACUCAAACUGAGUGACGCCAACAACAAGCAUGACAGCAUUGCAGCACUUGCUGACCUCUACAACAAGAAAGCAAAUGCAUCACUUAACCUGGAGAGGCAGAUUAACAAGGUGGAUGGCCUUGUCUCUGGUUUUGAGAAAAAGCUGAGUGAAGACGGCCCAAUUCCUGAUGAACCCCAUGCUAUCCAAGCUCGUACUGAGGACAUUCAGUGCCAGCAAAGGUCUGUGGCAGCAGCUCAGGAUGACAUGAAGAAGAUGAGUCAGGAUCUGGAGACCACAGAGCAGCUGUGCAGCUCUCUGCAGCAGGGCUACCAGGAGUACUGCCCUGACAUCCAGCGCCAGAGGACAGAGGUCAAGCAGCUGCAGACCCGCUAUGCAAACGUGGCCAACCAGCUGAAGGAGAGAGAAAACAUCUCACAAGAAGCCGCAACCAAGAACCAGGAGUUCCAGAGCACACAGAAAUCCCUGAACUCUUUCCUGGACAACCUGCCGACAAAUGUGAUCAACUCCAACGAUGAUCUGUCUCAGGUCUCUGCUAAGCAGAGUUCCCAAGAGAGGGUGAUGGAAGACCUGAAGAGGAAGGGAGAUGACAUGGACAGAUUUUCUGAUGUGUCUCUAGAUCUGCAGAAUCUACUCAAUGAAUACGAGACCAACGUUGACAAAUACAACAGUACACUUGAGGAUGCUGGAGCCACUGUUGCAAAGAAACCUCAUAUGCUCACACUAGCCGAUGCUGUUCAGAAAGAGGAAAAGGAUCUGGUCAACCGUUUCGCUGAAGCAACAGCUGAAAACACCCAACGCCAAAAACAGAUGGACUUGGCUAAGAAUCUCAUUUUGCAAAAUGAAGAGAAAGUCCAAAUGGUGUCACAACAGCAAGUGCAGCUUCAAAGCCAACAAAGGGAUGCUUUUGAGUCUAACAAUCUGCUCAAAGAGCUAGAGGAAGAGAAGGAGAGAACAGUUUAUACUGAGUCAGAAUUGAGAACAUUUAAAGACAGGAUGUUGUCGUUGAAGAGUCGCAGAGGAGUCGAGCGUGUUGAGGAGAAAGAAGUACUGCAGUACUAUCGCGAUCCAAAACUGGAAAGAGAUUUGGCUGACCUGCAGAGAAGUCUGCAUGAUGAGACCCUGAGGCGUAAUACUACCCAGACUGAGGUUGAGGUGUUUAACAAGAAAAUCACCAUCCUGGAGGACACCCUCAAAAACACUCCCACCAAACUGGUGACAAGAGAGGUGACAGAGUUUGAGAGAGAUCCUCAGCUAGACGUAGAUGCAGCUAAGUUGAGGGAUGAAAUAGGAAGGAUGAGAGAUGAAAUUAGAGUGAGAGAUGGGGAGCACAUUCAGAUGAAGACAGAAGUUACGAUUCUCGAGCAGAAAAGACCACCGAUCAAAGAGAGAGUUGUUAAGAAGGAGGUGGUGAAAGUGGAACAGGACCCAGAAAUGUUGAGAGCAGUUCGAACAUUUGAGACGGAAAUUUCUGGUGAGAAUAACAAGAGCAAGUUACUCAAUGAUGAAAUCUUCCAGACAAGGAGCCAGAUUAAUGCACUUGAGAGACUGAUUCCUAACAUCAAGCCUAAGAUCAUCACUAAGGAGGUGAAAAAGAUCGAACAAGACCCUGACCUCAUCUCUGAAUCUAAGAAGAUUCAAACAAAUACAGAGGAAGAGAGGAUUGAAAACAGCUCUUUGUCCCAGGAGCUGAUGGCGCUCCACAGCCGCUACAGAGAAGUUCAAAACUGGAAGCCAAAAGUCGAGGUUAAGGAAAUCGUUAAUGAGAUCUACUGGAUAGAUCCAAACACAGAGGUGGAGAUAAUGCGGCUUAGAAAAGACAUACAAGACUCGGGCAAGCAGCGCGCUGAUCUGGAGAGGAAUGUCACCCAGGUCUCGUCUGAGCUGAAUAUCCUUCGUUCAGAGAAGCCCAAGGUGGAGCUGAAGGAAGUUCUUCAAGAGGUUGUUAAGGAGGAAAGAAGCCCUGAAAAUGAGAGAGAGAUUCAGCGGCUGAAUGAUCAGGUGAAUCAUUUACACACUACUCACAACUCCCUCCUGGACAAGGUUUCAGUACUCAGGAAAGAGAGAGAUGAAUGGAAGGCUGAAAAGUCCAAAAUAGAGACCAGACUUGUCACCAGAGAAGUCAUCAAAUAUGAACCUGAUCCUCUGUUGGAGAAAGAAGCUGACCGCUUGAGAAGAGAUGUGCGGGGAGAGGCACAGCUGCGGCGCUCCAUUGAAGAGAUGGUGUUUGACCUGCAAAACAAAUACAUCCUGUUGGAGAGGCAGAAGCCUGAGGAGAAAGUGGUUGUGCAGGAGGUUGUACGUUUACAGAAGGAUCCAAGGCAGCUAGUUGAGCAUGAGAAGCUCAGCAGGAACCUGGAUGAAGAAUUAAUGAACCGCCGUCAAAUAGAGCUGGAGUUGCAGCAGCUCAGAACAACAGUGGAAGAUAAAGAGAGGAUCCUACGAGAAAGUGUUGAGCGCCAAAAGAGGAUUCAAGCCGAGUCUGAAGUAAGAGAGAUCCGACUGCGCAUCACACAGCUGGAGAAUGCUCCACCUCCUGUUGAAGAAAGUAUUAUUGUCGAGGAGGUACUGAAGGUUGAAAGGGACCCGAAACUGGAGAGGAUGACAAAUGGUCUUCGGUCAGACAUGGACCAGCAAACUAGCGAUAUCCUGCGUCUCCAGAGAGAGAUCCGUAGCAUCACUCUAAAACUUGAGUUCCUGCAGAAGGAGAAGUCUAGUGAGAAGACAGUAUACAAGGAGGUUGUCCGUGUUGAGAAAGACCAGGCUGUCGAAGCAGAGAGGGAUCGCCUGAGGGAGCAGUUGUCUCAACAUAAAUUUACCAGACAGGACCUGGAAGAUGAAAUCAGACGUAUUAAUGAUAAAAUCAACCUUAUGAUAAGCAGCAAGUCCAGUUCUUCAAGGGAGGAGAAUACCCUCAUUAUAAACAGAGAUGCCUUACAGAGGGAGAAGGACAACCUCACUCGGGAGCUCAGGACUCUGGAAGCUAAGAAACACGACACCAGCCUGUCUUUCCAGCAGCAGAGCAAGCUAAUUAGUGAGAGAACACAGAAGAGCAAGCAGAGGAGCCUUAAGAUGGAGUCUGACACCCAACGUCUGGAGAGGGAGAUUCUGGAUGAAAAAGACAAGAUCCAUAUGCGAGACAGCACCAUCCGGGAUCUUCUGCUGCAAGUGCAGAAAGAGGAGCAAAAUGAGACAAGGACCAAAGAGACCAAUGUCUCCACCAAAAUCACCAUUCUGGAUCCAGAUACAGGCAAAGACAUGUCUCCCUAUGAUGCCUACUUGCAGGGCCUAAUUGAUCGUCAACAGUACAUUCAUCUGCAGGAGCUUGAGUGUGACUGGGAGGAGAUUACUUCUAUGGGACCUGAUGGGGAGACAUCUGUACUGCAGGAUCGCAAGAGUGGAAAGCAGUACUCCAUCAAAGAUGCCCUGAAGGAAGGCAGACUGACAGAGUAUAAUCUUCAAAAGUAUAAACAAGGAAAGAUGGCCAUCUCGGAGUUUGCUUUACUGGUUGCAGGUGACAAUAGGAAGCAACCCCAGUACAACUCAGUCACCCAAAAUACCAUCACACCAGUGAAAUCAGCCCCCUCAGCCUCCACUACGGAAGAAAUCCUCCCAGUUGCUGGAGUAAUAGAUACAAAUACUGAUACCUGCUUUACAAUACGCAGUGCCACCCUACGUAAACUGAUUGACCCCACCACCGCCCAAAAACUUCUGGAGGCUCAGGCAGCAACAGGUGGCAUCAUUGACAUCACCAACAAAGAGAGAUACACAGUUCACAAAGCAGCAACCAGAGGCCUUAUUGAGGACAGUCAACUCCAGAGGCUACUCAAUGCCCAAAAGGCUUUCUCUGGGGUUGAGGAACCCAUGACCAGAGAGUGUUUGUCUGUAGGAGAAGCUAUUCAGAAAGGCUGGAUGCGAAAAGACACUGCCAUUCGCUACAUGGAGGCACAGUACCUGACCGGAGGGUUGGUCAAUCCCAAAAAUGGAAGCAGAGUGAGCAUCUUUGAUGCCCUUGGGACCAAAAUGAUCGACAGCACAAUGAUGAGGGAGCUGCAGGCUGAGUCAAGCUACAUUAAGGAUAUUGUAGACCCAAUCACAAAGGAGAGGAUCAACUACAAGCAAGCUCUGGAUCGCUGUAAGAAAGAACCAGUGUCAGGCUUACCAAUGCUGCCUGCUUCCUCUAAAGAUUCUGGCUACACCUACAAUUCUACAUCAAAAUAUACAAGAUUCUAGAUAUGUUUACAACAUACUUGGAUAUAUGUGGUCUGUGGAGUUAUGUGGUUUCAAAUAUUGUUAGAUUAUGGGAAAUCCAUAUAAAAUCCAUACAUUAAUUGCAAUGUAAAUUUUGACUCAGGAAAAGUCUUCUACUGCAAAGUUUGUCUAGCCAAAAUGAUUGCUGCUGAGUUGCCUUUGUUUACCAAGCGUGUGAUGUGGGCAGAUGUUUUUUUGAUUUAAUUUAAAAACAGAGAAUAUAAAUGCAAUAUAAAUGCAGUUUAUCUUUGAUAUUAUUGUGUUAUUAGGGAUACUGGGACAUGGUGCAAUGCUAUUUACCAAGAUUGAUUUGAUCCUGUAUUACCCGUGGGCUAUCUUUGACAUUGUUCACUUUAAACUCAAUCUUGUUUGAUACUUAUGAAGAAAAAUAUAUCAAUAAAUGUAAAUUAUAAAAACAUGGA